AUGGAUGAGUUCUUCGAGCAGGUGGAGGAGAUCCGGGGCUGCAUCGAGAAGCUGUCGGAGGACGUGGAGCAGGUGAAGAAGCAGCACAGCGCCAUCCUGGCCGCCCCCAACCCUGACGAGAAGACAAAGCAGGAGCUGGAGGACCUCACGGCCGACAUCAAGAAGACGGCCAACAAAGUGCGCUCCAAGUUGAAAGCCAUCGAGCAGAGCAUCGAGCAGGAGGAAGGCCUGAACCGCUCCUCGGCCGACCUACGCAUCCGGAAAACGCAGCACUCGACGCUGUCCCGCAAGUUCGUGGAGGUGAUGACGGAGUACAACGCCACCCAGUCCAAGUACCGCGACCGGUGCAAGGACAGGAUCCAGAGGCAGCUGGAGAUCACCGGCCGGACCACCACCAAUGAGGAGCUGGAGGACAUGCUGGAGAGCGGGAAGUUGGCCAUCUUCACCGAUGACAUCAAAAUGGACUCGCAGAUGACCAAACAAGCCCUGAACGAGAUCGAGACGCGACACAACGAGAUCAUCAAGCUGGAAACGAGCAUCCGGGAGCUGCACGACAUGUUCGUGGACAUGGCGAUGCUGGUGGAGAGCCAGACUACGUGGAACGGGCUGUGUCGGACACCAAAAAAGCCGUAA